UUCUAGUUUUGUAAUUUGAUUUUGUAGUGAACACUCAACACUGUACACUCAAGUCUUAACGUUGUUGAGUUUGGUAUUCAUUACAAAUUAAUAUAUAAAUUAUAAAUACUGUAUAGUUAAUUGAUGGAGCUAAUUCUAGUGCACUAAAUAAGGAAACAACUGUGAUAAUAUUUUAUAAACCGUUACCUUUCUUGUAGAAAAAUGACUAUGGGUUCAGAAUAUGAAAAUAAAAUCGCUGAACUUGAAAAAAAAAUUAAGAAUUUUCCAAAUUUUCCUAAACAAGGAAUUUUAUUUUGGGAUAUUUUCUCAGCAAUAUCGGAUGGUGCAGCAUGUAAACUAUUACAAGGACUUUUAAUUGAGACAAUACGUUACAAAUAUCCUGAUGUGGAAGCUGUGGUUGGACUGGAGUCCAGAGGUUUUCUCUUUUCUUUCUCAAUAGCAGCAGAGAUGGGAAUAGGAUGCCUACCAGUACGGAAAAAAGGAAAACUGCCUGGAGAAGUUAUAUCAUAUAAAUAUGAUUUAGAGUAUGGAUCGGACACAUUGGAGAUCCAGAAAAACUCAAUAAAACCUGGACUAAAAUGUGUUAUUAUUGAUGAUUUAAUUGCUACUGGUGGUUCUUUGAAUGCAGCUAUACAGUUGUUACAAAAUAGUGGAGCCGAGGUCCUUGGUUGUCUGGUAAUAAUUGAACUAGAAUCGUUAAAUGGACGUAAGAACAUAUCAAAAAAUAUACCUGUUCAUUCCAUGAUUAAAUAUGACUAAUUGAUCUCUAUGUACAAAGUAAACAAGAUGUCAUCUAUUUAGGAUUUUUAUUAAAUAUCUUGUCUCACACUCAUUUCGGUUAACACAAUAUAUACAUUUCUUAUAUAUUGUGUUAACCUAAAUCUUUAUAUAUUGUUCUGGAAUGAAAUCUGAAACUGGAUUUUAUAUAUAUUCUGAAAUGUUUUUAGUAAAUCAGAAUAAUUAUGCUUGUCGUAAUUUAUCAUAUUCAUAUGUACUUUGUUUAAAGGUUAUCUUUCAUUAAAGGGCAGGCCAUUAGGUUUAUCUUAAAAUAUAUAUGCAUGUAUGUACUAUGUAUUAGAUGUUCAAAUAGUUUUCUGUAACCACCAGACCACAAUGUAAAUAAGAGUGUCAAUAAUCAUGGCUGAAUUUACGAAUAAAAAACACAAUAUUUUUUUUUUGCAUAAUAAAAAGACAUCAAAAUGAUUAUGUUAUUCUGUGUUAAUAAACUUAAAAUAUUCUUGCACAAACAUGAAAAAUGGCAAUUUUUGUGUUUAUUAUUUAAUAAUUAAUAGGCAAUUCUAAACUUUUAGUCUAAUAUAGAGCAUUUAAUUUCAUAUGUUCCUGUAAAGUGUCAUAAUGCACUUUUUGUACUGUAAAACGCACAAAAUAUUUUGUAAUAUAUAAUUCCAUAGAAUUGUAACUGUCUAUGGUUUGUUGUUGGUUAUUCUUUUUAGGUAUAAGUUUAAAGCAUAUUUAAUUUACAUAGACAUUUUUGUUUAGUAAAAAAAAUCUACCUUUACUUAAAAAAUAUAUAUGUAGACGUAAGCAAAAACAGUUAACAAUUUUAAAAUCAAAAUCUUACAUGGUACUCAUAAAUAUAUACGGUUAAAAUUUUUGGUGCCUGAUAUUGCGAAUGUUACAUGAAUAGGUAUUCAAUAUUUUUCGAUUCAAGUGUUAACUGUUAGGUCCAUAUGCAUAGAUUUACUAUUUGGAAGUUGAAACAAAACUAAGUAUAUUUCAUCUAAAUUUGUACUAUGAAUUUACCCUAUUUUGUAAGUAAUAAUU